CGACAUAUCGCCUUCCGGGACGCUCCUGUUUCGUCUACCCUAUUAGCUUCCGUUACGUUCGUAGGCGCUUCCUAACUGGACUAGCAGCAAACAGCAACAGACAAGAUGUUGGUUUUGGUGUUAGGUGACCUGCACAUUCCCCACCGGUGCAACACGUUGCCAGCCAAAUUCAAGAAGCUGCUGGUCCCGGGGAAGAUCCAGCAUAUUCUCUGCACAGGCAAUUUGUGCACCAAGGAGAGCUAUGACUACCUGAAAACUCUCGCUGGGGACGUCCACAUUGUGCGGGGAGACUUUGACGAGAACCUGAACUACCCCGAGCAGAAGGUGGUGACAGUGGGCCAGUUCAAGAUCGGCCUCAUCCACGGCCACCAGGUCAUCCCCUGGGGCGACAUGGCCAGCCUGGCGCUGCUCCAGAGACAGCUGGAUGUCGACAUCCUCAUCUCGGGACACACACACAAGUUCGAGGCUUUCGAGAACGAAAACAAGUUUUACAUCAACCCCGGCUCUGCUACCGGGGCCUACAACGCACUGGAAAGAAACAUUAUCCCCUCCUUUGUACUAAUGGACAUCCAAGCGUCUACUGUGGUGACGUAUGUUUAUCAGCUGAUUGGAGAUGACGUUAAGGUGGAGAGAAUUGAGUAUAAGAAGUCCUAAAGGACGUAUGGGGAGAAGGAGGAAAGGCAGAAGAGUUAGGUGAAUGAGGCUCAGCGUCAUGUUUCAUUCCUGUCCACCAGGGGGCAGCAGCUCCCUCAGUUCACCGAAGUGUUAAUGCUGUAGCAAAACUGUUCAUGAACUUAACUCUAAAAUGCUUGUGUAUUAUAUUGUUUAUAAGUCAUCCGCAUUAACUUGUAAGCGAGCUGUUAUUAGAGGAUACAAUGUUUUGCUAUGAAAAAUGAAUUUGGUGACUUUUGUGAUUUUUAUUUUCACCCUAUUAAACCCUGUCCAUGUGACCAACACAGCUUUAGCUUUCUGUGAUCUGCCUUAUUCAUUCACUUCCACAAUAAAGAUGGGAUUUCCCUCCAUGUGUUUCCCAAGUAA